UAUUUUUGUGCUUAUGCAGGCUGGAUAAUCCAGGGCCGCUAAGAAAACCUGUUGUUAGCCGUUUACAACAAACGUACGUGUUGCUGAGCACAUUGGAACAGCGGCCAGCAUGUAUCAACAAGAAAAUUAAUUACAACAAAACGUACUUUCGACGGGCGCCGAGUGAGAAAUGAUGCCUCGAUUGACAACAUAAGAAGAAUAUGUCAGCAGCUUUCGUCUGUUUGUAAUAUUAAUUUACUGAUAUACACGACAGCAAUAAUUUGACUGUUUGUUCUUUAUGAAAAACAUAAUUGAUAGCGGAUACGUGCUUGAAUAUACAAGCUUGCUGUCGUGAAAAAACAGAUUGUAUUGAUGGAAGUCUUGCCUUGAUGUAAAAUUGUUCGCGUAGGUUCGUUACCUGCAUCACAGAGACAAUAUAAUCUGAUUACGAGGAGCUUUAUUUGGCUCGUAUAUACUAUAUCCAAUUGAUAGCUAAACCUGAUGUCGCAUGGACUACAUACCGAGAGUUGCAUAUCUUCGUCAAAGGAAUUGAUAAGCAUUCGCGUCUGCAUGCAGCAAUGGACAAGACAAAAAGUCCCCAGUUCAGGGAUCUGAAUGCCAGAGUAAAGAAAACGAAACUCAUUGCAUACGGCUCUUGUAAGAAACAAAAAUUCGUCGAUCAAAAUGAGUUAAAAGACGAGGCAAGCAGGCAGAAAAACGACUCAAAUGAAACUAGUGAAAGUUUAAAGAUAAAAUCGGCUGCAAGUAAUGAGGUUUUUGAAGACGAUGAUGUGUUUUUAUGGAAUCAAAUCCGACGGGCCUCUGAACCUGUGUAUCUUAAACGAAAUGAUAACGAGAUGAUAUCCCGCACAGGUCGUCAAAAUCCUAGCGUACUGAGAAGUUUAAGCGAAGGUAUUCCCGUCCCGGCUGACAGAAGCCCGCGCGCGCAACCGCGAUUAACAAGAUCUGCGUCGAGCUCUGAUGCGCAAACUGCUCUCUCGCAGUUGUUCGCAUUCUCGCCAAGAAUUGUGAGAAAAAUUAACCUCAAUACGUCCCUACGAGAUUGGCUUGACAACGAGAAACAAUCGAGAAAUGAUGCGGCAAAGAAAAUCGCAGCGAUUCCAGCGCGGAGCUCGUACAGGCGUCGCUCGGCUGAUAUGGUCGGAAAGAAAUCGAAUGUUGACGAAAGACGACGACCGUCAGCCCCACCGGAACUGUCUGGAAGAAAAGAUGAGAAUGACGCACACAAUAGCGUUCAGGCAAAACCUCACAUAACACCUUGUUAUAAGACCAGCUGUAGAUUUGACAGUGUUCAAGAAUUCCAGAUUCAUAGUUUGAUAAAAGAGCAGUUGAAAUCUAAACUAGAGUCUGUACAAUUCUGUACACAAUCGUGCCGUGGAUGGUGUGAAGAUAUAGCGGAAACUAUCAAAGAAAGAAUUCAGGUGAUAUUGAACUCGCCAUGUAAAGUUGUUUGCCUCGUAUACAUUGGCGCUUUACGAGAUUAUGGUAUCCAUACAGGAUCCCAAGCCACACUGGACGAAAAACUGGACUAUCAUGCGUCAGCUUGUUAUCAAAAUGACUCUUUAUUUGCAACGGUGUCUGUUUUAGCGGGCGGAGACCGCGGAGUCGAGGAUCAUGGUUCGUGGGUCGAGGAUCUCAAAUUUCCUACUCAACCCGACAUCCUUCCAAGUCAUUUGUCUUGUCCAGUGGGAAGUGAAAAUUGAUUGGAAAGAUGCUGAUUUGGACGAAUGACGCACGAAACACUGACCAAACAUAGUCGCGAAUUGCGGGAGAAGAUAAAAGACAUGUUAUCCUAGUUCACAGAAGUAAAAUGUAAUCUUACAGAAUCUUACGUAGAGAUAGUGUGACGUUAUAUACGUUAACGCUUAGUACAUGUAUAAAGACGUCUCUCACAUCACGUUAUUUUUUACUUUGUGCUUUUUUUUCUUCCCCACGACUAGGAUGUGAUUGCUGCAAAGCAGUUAAGCUCUGUUCCGAUUAACAUUUAACAAACCAAUGGUAAAAAUAUGCAUUUCAAGUCGCGAAAACACGUCAGGUUGAUAUGCCACUUUCAAAAUGCCGCUCUAGAUUCUCUAGUCUGAUUUUCCAACAAGAAAAUUUCGCGUUGUCAUCGAUGACGCAGCAAUAUUUUAAUGUUGAGUGUAAUUUGUUUGCGAUUCUAAAUUAACUUGUCGAACAUAAUCAAUUGUUGUAUACUGCUGUUCAUGAAGCCGUUCAUGAACGGGUACUGCCUCAGUGCAUGAGGAACGAGGUGAACGUCAAGCGUAGGAGAAUCACUGAGCAGCGCACGAGUGGGAGAAACCGAAUGACUUUAUAGAUCAUAACACGAUAACAAAACGUGCCACCGGCUAUGUAUAAGAGAAUAUGAUUUCUAUAUACGAGUUAAAUGUGAUAUUGCCAAA